AUGGCACAAGCUCCCGAUUCCAGGUUUGAUAAAUUGGAAGCUGCAUAUUCCGGAUUGAUUAAGGAUCUUGAAUCACAUCAAAGAAAUGCAGAGAGACUAUCGCAGCUAGUUACGUCAAAUAUAGCAACACAUGAGAAGGGAAUGAGUUCAGGGUCGUACAAUCCUAAUGGGCACACAACGAACCAGGUGAAAAUAGACUUUCCAAAAUUUGAUGGGACUGAUCCUGAGAACUGGUUAUUCAGAGCUGAGCAAUAUUUCGCCUAUUAUCACACUCCUGACCCCACCGUCUUAAGAGGAAUAUGGGCUGUUGCUGUUAGAACAACCCAGAGCAAAGCUAUUCAAGCUAAUGCAAACCCAGUCAGUAGAGGAAUAUUGCCGACAGUUCUUGACGCUUGCGAAUCUACAGAGGGCGUUUUAGAUGAUGCUCUCUUAGACUGCUUUAUAGGAGGAUUGAAACCGGAAAUCCGAAGAGAAGUGAUCUCUCGACAUCCACCAAAUUUACAGAAGGCUAUGGAGAUUGCAAAAUUAUUUGAUAAUUUUGAUGCUCUGGCUGUGCCUGUAAGGAAUCGCUCGACCAACUCUACUACGCCUGGGACUACCAAAAUUGUGAGUCAAUCAUCGAGCAGAUUAGGACUCAAGAGCAACCUUCCUCCACUAUUACCAACCCCAAACAUGAAACCCAUAACUCUUGUCAAGAAAAUGACGCCGGCCGAAAUGUUGAUCAGAAGGGAAAAGGGAUUGUGUUAUACUUGCGAUGCCAAGUUUACCCCAGGACACAAAUGCCCUAACAAACAGUACAUGCUCAUUGAGUAUGAGGAAAGCGAAGAAAACACUGAGGUAGGGGUCGAACAACACCAGACAGCAACAGUAGAGAACGAGCCAAUAUCCAUACAUCACUUAUCUCUACCUGCUUACCAUGGGUCUCCAGGUAAGGCUACUAUUCGUUUCACUGGGAUGAUAAAUGGAACUGAGGUACAAAUUUUGCUGGAUGGGGGAAGCUCUGAUAGUUUUAUUCACCCCCGAAUCGCUCAGUUUUUGAAACUUCCAAUAGAGCCAACUAGAAAUGUGAGAGUCAUGAUUGGUGAUGGGAACGCUAUGAAAGGUGAGGGCAUAGUCAAAAAGGUCACAAUACACGUACAAGGAUACCCACUAGAAUUCCCAGCCUUUGUACUAGCAAUUGCUGGGUCAGACAUUGUUAUUGGGGCAUCAUGGCUUGCAACACUAGGACCACAUGUAGCAAAUUAUGAGAUUGGAAAUGCUUAUAUCAAAUUCUACCUGGGUAGUGAUUUUAUUACCUUGAGGGGUACACACAAGGCAGUGGUAUACCAUGCUACUUAUAAUCAUUUCCAGAGGCUGAUACACACUGACACUGUGGCGGAAUGCUAUUUCCUACAGAUGGAGCAAAUAGAAGCAGGGCAAGAGGGUGAUACUGUUGAUGAGGUUAUGGGUACCGAGAUGCAAGCAGUUCUGGACAAAUAUCAAAGCAUAUUUGAGAAACCUCACGGGUUACCACCUCCACGAGAGAGGGAUCACAGAAUUUUGCUUAAAGAAGGGACUGAGCCAGUUAAGGUCCGCCUUUACCGAUACCCCUUCAGUCAGAAGACUAAGAUUGAAAAGCUUGUGAAUGACUUACUGGUAGAAGGGUUUAUACAACCCAGCACUAGUCCAUUUUCUGCCCCAGUCAUUCUAGUGAGGAAGAAAGAUGGAACGUGGUGA